UCUCCCUGGCAAGCGCCCGGCUCUGGCUUCGCGCCCGCCCGCCCCGUUCCAGGCUUAGCCCCGCAGCUCGACACGAGGUUUGGCAAGUUUGAGGAAGAGACGUCUCCUUUGAUACCCCCGCCCCGCUCGGGCGCUGCUCCAAGAGGCUGCUGUUCCCAGCACCCGGGCUGCGAGGCACGCAACGAGCGCAUCCGCUGGGUCCGGGCAGACGUGCGGGCAUCGGGUUUGGAUCUGGAUCUCGUCGGAACGUGGCUCCUUUCCUGAUCUGCCCCCAAAGGAAAAGCGGGGUGGGGAGAGCAGGUCCCGGGCGGGGUUGGCCUCGCAAAGCUGGCUCUGUCUGGAGGCCGCUGGAGCUGUGGGUCCGAUCGGAUCCGCACGCACCCGCGCCUCUAGCCUGGUUGCAUAACCAGCGUCGUGUUCAUUUUGUGGGUGGGGGCAGAGGGGGCCUCUCAGACCUUAGGGGCUGUGACGGCCUUCAUCCCCUGCCGGGGGAUGGAACGGGAAGAUUGCCUUCGGCAGAGGGUCUGGGGCUUGGCCGGGAUCUCCUGUGUUCCAGUCCCAGCUCUGCCUGGCCUGGAGACACUAGCUCCGUGCCUCGGUUUCCCUGUCUGUAACAGGCUAAGCUUGACGUUGCCCUGCCUCCCAGGUGGCAGUAACCGGCCUCUCAGGAAGCCUGCUGUGGGUCCAGCUGUGUCUGGCAUAGAGUAGAACACCCCUCUUGUAGAUGCCCCAGGUUGGCCCUGCCUGGCUGCCAUGAGGUUUACUGAGGAGCCCAGGAGCCACUGAGUGAGAGGGGACUUUCUGAGCUGCCCCAUCCUGCUGCCGCUCGGGCCCUCCUGGCAGCUAGCGAUGGGUCUGGCUCUCCAGGCUCUCUGCCACGCAUGUGGCUGCUGGUCCAUUCUCAAGCUGCUAGCGCCUGGGGCCACCCUGAGCCGCCCUCCCCGGUGGCAUUGUGUUCCCUGUCGGCUAUGCAACGCACCCGGUCUGUCGGCGCACGACCUUAAUGAGCGUCAUCAUGAGCCCUUCAGUGGCAGCACCUGGCCACCUGCGGUAACAGGAGAACUCCUCCCUGGAGGCCGCCUCAGCACUUUUGUUUUCCACACUGCACGUCCCAGUGAGAGUGGAGGGAGCCUAUCCGCGGAGGAUGCCCAUCCUUGCCUCACCUGACAUCGCUGCCCGGUUCAAGGAGAAGUGGCUGCUGCUGCACCCUGAGGACCGGGACAAUGUGGGUGGGGCUGUGACCUUGGACGACAGCCUCACCAGCCUGCAGUGGCUCCAAGACUUUUCCAUUGUCACUGCUGAUCCGGAGAGACCACCUGUCCCCAGCCACCCUCUCCACCAGCCUCCCCAGCAGCUCUUCCAAGGGUCUGAGGCCCCGGCCAGCCCACCAGCAGGAGACACUGCGGCCAAGGGGAUGCCCCCGCGCCUCGGCAAACCCACCUCCACAGCCACCUCCCCUAGCACCAGCUACCUUCCCGGCCUCGGCGCGGCAGUGACUGAUUACAAGAGCAACCCUGGGGUGAAGCCCCCUUACUCCUACGCCACCCUCAUCUGCAUGGCUCUGCGGGCCAGCAAGCAGGCCAAGGUCACCUUGUCAGCCAUCUACAGCUGGAUCACGGAGAACUUCUGCUACUACCGGCAUGCUGAGCCCAGCUGGCAGAACUCCAUCCGGCACAACCUGUCCUUGAACAAAUGUUUCCGGAAGGUGCCGCGGCAGAAGGACGAGCCAGGCAAGGGGGGCUUCUGGGAGAUCGACCCGCAGUAUGCCGAUAUGUUCGUCAACGGUGUGUUCAAGCGGAGACGGCCCCUGGCCGCGCCCUACAGCCCGCCACGGCAGCACCCCGCCGUGCCCGCCCCAGAGGCUGGGUGCAGCCUCUUGUCCCCCAUGCCUCACCUGGGGGACAGGCAGCCAGGGCACACCCCUCACCAGGCUGCCCACGGCCCUCUGCACCAGCAUGGCCAAUGCUGCCCCCUGCUGGAUGCCCCCAGCCCCCUGCUGAAGCGCGCCUGCCUGGCAGCCAGAACUGCCUCGUCCCCUCUGCUGCCCUCUAGUGGCGGAGACGCAGAGGCCCUGCGGGGAGAUUUCGACUGGGCCGAUGCCUUUGACGACGUCUUCCAGGGAAACGGCAGCAAUUUUGAGGACCUGGAUAUUAACGCAGCGCUCAGCUCGCUGGCUACAGAGGUGGACCUUGCCAUGCAAGGCAGCUACAUACCCCCUGCUGGCAAGUGGGGCGCUCUGGCUACCAAUCACCCGAGCCCAGGGGCUUCCCACGGGGAAGAUUUCACCCCCUUUGCCGACGCCCCCCAGCACCCCUGGGAGGAGGCGAGGGGGGAGGCACUCGGCAACCCCUGGGGCUUUGAGCAGGGUUUCAACUUCUGUGACAGCUUCCUCAGCGAGACGCAGCCCUGGGACAAAGUCGAUGCCUUCAUGUGAUCCCCCUCUCUCUUCUGGGGCAGGGCCCCAGGAGCCCGUGGGCUGCAGCGCCCAGCCCCCCAACUGAUCGCUCUUCUCUGACUGCCCCUCACUCAGCUGAGCUGGAUCCAGGCCCUGGCAGGUUGCUGAGGUGCAACCAUUCCCCUGCGGGGAGCGCUGGGCCCCUGCCUGUCUCCUACCCCCUGGCGUGAAGGCAGGCCAAGCCCAUAGAGCACUUGGGAGAGCAGGAGGGACAAGGCCCUGUCUCUCUGCUGUCCCCAAAUGCCAGCACCUGUGGCUUCCUGAGCCCUCGUGCAGGGGUCGCAUGGGGACUCAUCCCCCCACUCCCAACCCAGCAAGCUGUAAUGCCCCAGAGCGGCGACUUGGCCGUGCAGUGACCAUUGCAGGGCAGGCCGGAUCCUGGCCCUAAGCCACAGGAGGCUCUGUGCCCCAUUGUGGCCCCCAGGUUGCAGGGGGGCCAAGGCGGCAGCAGCUGUGGGGCAGGACCACAGGGGAGGCGCCUGAGGAAGCUGUAGGGGAAGGGAAGGGGUGGACAGGAGGCUCGCAGGGAACUGCCAUGAAUGGCAUCGUGCCCAAAACACACCAGGAUGGCCCAGGACAGGGGGGAAGAGCUGGCACCAGAGUUGUGUAGCCUGCCCCAGGAACACCACUGUGGGUGACCCGCUUCUUGGGCUGGGAGGGGCCUCUGCUGGGAUCGCCCCAGCCUGGGAGGGAGGAGGGAGCAGCUGUGCCAUGGCGUGAGUCCCACUGCCAGGACUUGGGUAUUUGGCAAGUGGCCUGGAGACCCAGCCGCUCCUCCUGCUGGGAGCUGCUGAUGUCCAGCCAGGGAGGGGGGUGAGCUGGCAGUGUAAUUCCCUCCUGCAGUCGCCCGUUGCAGUAGCUGAGCCUUGAGCUGCAGGUCUACCAGGCAAACCA